UUGGAAGAAAUGGUUACCAUGGCAACCAGUAUUGACUCUAUUAUCAAUUUAAACGAUGGAGUUGCAAUGCCUCUGCUUGGUCUGGGAACAGCAUGGACAAAUGAGUGUUCACAAGCAGUUUCAUAUGCCAUUGAACAGGGAUACAGAAUGAUUGAUACUGCUCAGAGAUAUGGAAACGAGGAAGAUGUUGGUAAAGGCAUAGCUAUAAGCGGUAAAGAUAGGAAAGAUCUAUUUAUAGUAACCAAACAAUGGCAGAAUGGACAUGAUGCCUGUAUUCAGGGUUUACAGAGAAGUUUAGUUAGGUUAGAUAUAGAUUAUAUAGACCUGUUUCUGAUUCAUGGACCAAGAGAGGGAAGGAAUGUAGAGACUUACAAAGCUAUGUUGGAACUGAAGAAACAAGGUUUGGUCAGGUCAGUUGGGGUUUCCAAUUUCAAUAUUCAUCACUUAGAAGGUCUCAGAAAUGCAGGAUUACCAAUCCCAUCACUUAAUCAGAUUGAACUGCACCCAUGGCUUCAGCCAAAGGAGAUAACUGAUUAUUGUAAAAAGUAUAACAUAACUGUAAUGGGUUAUUCCCCUUUAGUGAAAAGCAAAAUGUUGAAGAACCAACAAAUCUGUGAUCUUGCCAAAAAAUACAAUAAAACACCUGCACAGGUUUUAAUACGAUGGAGUGUUCAGCAUGGAUAUAUUACCAUUCCCAAGUCUUCCAAACUCAACAGAAUCAAAGAAAAUAUGCAAGUUUUUGAUUGGACCUUGAGUGAAGAUGACAUGGACUAUCUUGAUCAAAAUAACGUUGAAGAGAUAAGGUGUGCUUGGGAUGCAAUAAACUCAGAAUGGCAUGGAUGAAAUGUAUUCAGAAAAUAUAAGGCAUGAUCUGUUUUCACAAAAUUGCAUUUGUACUACAUAUAUAUGGAACAUAUAAAACCUGAGUGCAAUAGAAGAAAGGCUCUAAAUGACUUUAC